GGGCUGCCGGGGUGUGUUGUGGGAGGCGGGCGACGUACCGAAGGCCGGAAGGGAAGGGAGGGGAUUCUGGAAAAAGGACGAGCAUCUCCAGAUGGCCCCAAUCUGUUGUCAUUUUUCCUGUCUCACAUUUUACCCUGCUAGUAUGGGGGUGGGGCGUGCCAUUUUAGGGGCAGAAACUUAAUUUUUGCAAUUUUUUUUUCAGUGGGGGGGGGGUCUUAAAAAUACGUUUUCGGGUGUGAGGAAUUAAAACCUGUUAUUUCUGUGAUCGGGCAGCAUUUAGCUUCCUAAGAGAGUACGCUUGGUGAAGCAUAUAAACUGCUUUGGGGGAACCCAAGAGUUUAAAUGUUACCUUCUGAAGCUGUCAGGCAAUGCUAAAAAAUAAUAAAAUUACAUAAUGUAAAUGAUAUAACAGGCAAGUACUUGGUAAUAUGCUACUUGCCAAGCAAAACUGAAUUGUAUUAAUUUAACCAAUCCUUUUGAAUUCCCAAGUCAUGUUAAAACUUUAUUUAGCACUCCUCAUUUUGGGAAUAAUUGGAAAAUUCAGCACACCCUUUUGUGUGCACUCAGGCAGUGGCUCAUUCUACCCAGAGCCAGCCACCCACAAUUCCUCAUCUGCAGCUAUUUAUUUCAUGCUGAAGUUCACUGCACACUGAACUCCUUGGAAUUUAUUUCUUGGGAAAUGGGAACAAGGCUGCAAAAGCCAUAACUUUUAUUAGGCCUGCCAAAAAAGUAUGCAGGCCUUCUGGGUUCUUAAGAGCUCUAAUAUUGGCACAAUGCGUGUGUGCUGGCUUGUGAGCAAAGAUAGAGCCUGUCAGCGAAUUAAACUGCCACAUUUAGAAAUGGUGAUGCUAGGGCGUGGGCCUGAAACGGAGAUAACAGACAAGAAGUGUUCCCGAAGACAAGUACAGCUAAAAGCAGACUGCAACAAAGGGUAUGUCCAGGUUAAACAGAUAGGAGUCAACCCAACCAGCGUUGACCUAGUGGAUAUUGGCAAGGACCGGGAAAUUAAACUGAAGCCAGGACAAAUUCUCCAUAUCGUCAACAAUCUGUACCCGUACACCGUGCAGUUCUCGGAGGAAAUGGGGGCUUGUGGUGGUAAGGAGACGGUGGAGCCUAAAGGGGGGAAAAGACCACAGGAUGAACUUGAGACUGGUGGCAUGGAAAGGAUGCCAGGCAAACUCGCAGAAAUGGAGCAAAUGGCCCCUCAAGCCUGCGAUUCCAGCUACAGCAGCAGUUCUGUUUCUUCGGGUGGAAGCUCUGUCAACAAAAAGCCAUGUUUGGAGUACUGGGCUCAAGGUCUGAAGGUCUCCAUGCAAAACCCAGAUAUGCAGGUCUACAAGGAUGAAAAGGCUGUAGUUAUAAAGGACAAGUAUCCGAAAGCUCGCUAUCACUGGUUAGUGCUGCCGUGGCAAUCCAUCUCUACCUUGAGUAAAGUAACUCAGGAGCAUCUCAAACUUCUGGAGCACAUGCAUGCCCUUGGAGAGAAGGUCAUCCAGCAGUGCCCUGAAAAAGACAGCUUGCGCUUCAGACUGGGCUACCAUGCCAUUCCCAGCAUGAGCCAGCUGCAUCUUCAUGUCAUCAGCCAAGAUUUUGAUUCCACGUGCUUCAAAACCAAGAAGCACUGGAACUCUUUUACAACAGAGUACUUCAUAGACUCCAAAGAUCUGAUUGCGAUGGUGAAGAAGAAAGGAAGAGUAACUGUAGACAAGGACGUUGCCAAACUCUUGAACCUGCCUCUGAAGUGUCACGUGUGCAAACGGCAGCAACCCAAUAUCCCCCAGUUAAAAGAGCACCUGAAGGAACAUUGGCCAAAAUAAGAUGAAGAACUGCUCUUCUGAUCCGCUUUCUACGUUUUACUGAUUGUUGUGUUAACCGGAUCCCAAAGUUGACAUGCUCAUUUUAAUUUAAAGACCAUACCAAGUUGCUUAUUAAAAUGCCCACAAAGGUAUUUAGAGUGGCCGGGUCUGCUUUAGUGCGACAGAUUGUGGAGUGGCCUGGGGGUGGUUUGUGAUGUCUCUGGUAGCGCAUGGUGAUCUUGGGUAGGUGGAACCGAAAGGAGUAGCCUCAAACCCUUUCUAAAGGGCAUUUAUCUUUUGGAGCGGGUGGGGCUGGAUGGAAAUCAAACUGGGUUUUAUCUUGUGACCAAAAUCUCUUCCCCUUCAGUAGGGCUGGGUGAUAAUCUGGUUUUCGACAUCGUGAUAUAUCACCAUCUAAACACCGCGAUAUAUCAAUAGAUCACCAUGUCUGAAAAAAGGAUGGAGCUAUGUAGAGACACUGGCUGGCUUCAUGAUUUUCCCUGCACUGUGAUUUUUGGCGGCGCCCGCUCUUGUGAUUCACUGCUCACUGCAUGAGGCAGAGCGGAGUUAACGAACUGCAGGAAUCAAGAGAAACAUUGGCUGGCUUCACGGUUUCCCCCACAUAGUGAUUUUUUGCAUAGCGCACACAAACACAUCAUGAUUCACAAUAUACUGUGUUGCCAGGUCAAAAAUUAUGAAACCGAUAUCACAAUACGGAUUUCAAACUGGUUUUGAGAAAUUAGCAGUAGAUCACCAAGGGGUUGACUCCUAAUUAUCUAACGACUAAAAAUAAUUUAACCCAGCCUGCAAAAUUAGGUGGCUAACAAAAUGCGUGGUGGGGGAAGCAGAUUUUUGUAUGGAAGAACUUACAAACUCGCAUCUAGUACCCAUCUCAGAUUCCUGGACUCAGCCUGUUCCCAUUCCU